GAAUAGUCCACGUAAGCCCCGCCCACCAGGAAGUAUGAAACAUAACACUGAGGUGCUUUCACUUUUAGCAAUGUAUGUAGCGAAGACAGAAAACGAAUAAUCCCGACAAGCCUCCGACACCUUUUGGAUAACGAGAGAUGGAAGAUGCAGAGGAAAGCCGGAUGGAGGAGAUGCUCAUGUGUCCAGUGUGCCAGGACAUAUUCAAGGAUCCUCGGCAGCUGCCCUGUGGACACAGCAUGUGUAUGACGUGCCUGGAAGGCCUGAUGGAUCACUCCUCAGACGUCCCAUUCAAGUGUCCAGACUGCAGGGCGCAUUUUGGUCAGGUUGUUACUGUGCAGAAGAGCUACGCGCUGGCCAGCAUCGCAGAGGACUUCAGGCUGAGCAGGAGGACCAGGGAAAAGCAGACAAAAUGUGUGUACUGCGACUACUGCCCAGAGAAAAACAUCUUGGCUGUCAAGACAUGUACGAAGUGUGAGGUGUCGCUGUGCAAAGAGCACGUCAAGGACCACCAGAAGCUGCCAGUGUUCACUGGGCACCCUCUGGUGGGACCGCUGAGCGACCUCGCAGAGAGGAGGUGCCCACAGCAUGAGGAUGAGGUGCUGAGGUACUACUGCAAGUCAUCCAGACGCUACAUCUGCAGCAUUUGCACACUGGAGGGCAAGCAGCUUAACGUGGCCACUGAGACCUCCACUGUCCUACGGAGACAACUUACCGAAUACAUGGACCAGCACUUUAAAACGCUCAUGGAUCAAAUCACAGAAUCCAGCAACACUGUAAGAAAACUGCAAGAAGACAUUCAUCAUAACAAACAGAAAAUGAACUCCAUCAACGGUGUCACCAUAGUCCUGCUCUUACUCUGGUUCAUAGUUCUCUAUUACGCCUACAACUUCUCUGUGGAGAACCAGACGCUGACAGAAGCGCUGGACGAGCAACAGAACCGCGUGCAUGACAUCUAUUCCACGAUCGCAGAAAGUUUGGUUUAUCAUUCCAUGAAAAGCUACAGACCUAAAGAAACAGAAGAUCAAGGAGCUCUCAUGUUGGACCUCAACACUGUCAAUCACGUUCUUGGAGUGUCUGCUGAUCUCAAAACAGCUGAGAGAGUGAACGCAAAGCUGGAUUAUCCCAACAGUUACAGCCGUUUCGAUGAAGCCCCGCAGGUCCUCUCCUCCCAGUGCUUCUCCUCUGGUGUCCAUGUCUGGGAGGUGGAGGCUGAGGGGCACUGGGACAUUGCUGUAUCCUACAAGAGCAUCCAACGAAAGUGCAAGGAAACCAGCGCCUUCGGAAACAACACAGAGUCCUGGAGUCUUGUGCACAAAGGCAAAGGGAACCUGUUUGCCUGCCAUAACAAAACCAAAACUCCUGUAUCUCGUGCCUUGCAGAGCAGCCGAAUAGCAGUGGUGGUUAAUUUCGAGGAGGGCAGCAUCUCAUUCAGUGCUGUAGAUUCCACCGUCACACAGCUGCAUGAAUUCAAGGCUGAACUGAGUCAGCCAGUGUGUCUGGGUUUGGGGCUUCAUCACGUGGAUCCACCCAGCCGAGUGUCCAUUGUCAAAGCUUCCUGAAUAAUACCGCACACUGUCCCAACAUUCAGACAGCACUGUGUGCACACUGCCUCAAGUUCAGUGGCCUGAACCAAAGAGAAGAUGCUUCAAAGCCAAAUCACACCUCAGGAAUUUAUUUUUAUAUUGUGAAGCUUUAUAUGACAUGCAAAGUGUGUUAAAUACUUGAUUUUCUGGUUGUAGAUACUUAUUUUUAAUAUAAAUCUUCUUACAAGUCUUGAAUAGCUUCCAGAUAUACAAAUUGUAAGAAUUUUAACAUCGUGCCACUUUUGCAACAAAUAUGCACCUUAACCCCGUCAGUUUUAUUUAAGUACUGGAUUAUCGCUAUAUUUAAAAAUACACUAAAUUAAAGCAAAAAUAGCUGCAAGAAUAUGAUUUAAAACCUUUGAACUGAUUACUUGUAAAAUGCAGUUUGAUCCAUAUCUGAGAGAUAUAUGGGAACCAGAAUAGAUGACUUCUUAGACAACUGCAAGAAAGCCAUAAGUUUCGAUCUCAGCUUUCCUUCUCUUCACGUCAAACGUGAGCUGACACAUUUGACGUGACUGAACAUGCACGAUGAAGAGUUUUGCAGCUUUUUUGAGAAAAUGAGCUCAGAACAACCUGAAUCUGUAACCUUUUCUGAAUAAAAGCCAUGACAGGAUAACUGUGAAA